UCAAGCUCGGAAGUAAUCCCAAAGUUCUAAGCUUGCAGGAAGUCACCCGCCUCCAAGCACUAGAGCUGACGAUCUCAGCGACAGUGAGAAUCUUGUCCGGACACCUAGCGACUUCUGGCCCCUCCCAUCGAUCGACCGCCGCUUAACAAGAAAGCACCUACUUCCCGGCAAAACGUCCUCCUCCGAGCUGAGUAUCUGCGAAACUCGGCUUUCGGAGCGCGAAGAGGCAGGCAGGGAUCCAGGGGACCCCAGGGUAACAGGAAGAGAAAGGGAUGCAGGACGAAGCGGUCCAGGCGGAGAUGAGCGCCUCCCGGGCCGGGGCCGCCUCUGGGGGGAGAUCUUCCCGGGCCUCUCCGGCGACAAGCGGAGACCCUCCCCCGCGGCGCGCCGGGCAUGGCCGCGCCCCGCCGCGCCGUGACCUCCAGCGCGGGGGCGCCGGGCGGCCCCGCCCCUUGGGCUCGAGACGCGCGCUCCGAUUGGCUGCUGGAAGGGUCCCUCAGCGCGGCGGCCCGCGGAGGCCGGACGACGCCCCGCCCCGCCCCACCGCGCCCCGCCCCGGCCCGCGCCCGGAGCCGAGCGAGUAAAUACAACGGGAGCGCAAGAUGGCGGAGCCGCCGGGCCCCGCGCACGGCGCCGCCGCCGCGGCCGCGGAGAGGGAGCCGUGCGGCAAGCUGCAGCCCGCCUCCCGGGACGCGCCGGGCCCUGUGUCCGCCAAGAAGGGCCGCGCUGAGGAGAAGAAGGCGCCGCGCAGGCUGAACGGCGAGGGCGGCAGCGGCGGGCACGGCCGGCAGCCGCCCGCGGCGCCCUCGCCUCGGUCCGGCCUGGCGGCGGGCGAUGCUCAGGGGAGCGCUGGACCGCGGAGGUGCGAUCGCGAAUGCGCUCCCGUGCCCCCGGCUCCCGCGCUGGGAGACGCUGUCCGAAAAGGGGUGUGGAGAGCCCCGGAGCUGCCGGGGACGCGGCUUCCCGUCCCUAUUAGGGAACGCGGGCUGUGCGGGCCCGCCCCGCGUCCGCGUGUUCGCAGUGGUCCCGGGCGAGACGCCGCUCUUCGGAAGCGGAAAAAUGAGAUGUCAAGCAGGUUUAGCCUUGCUAAUCGAAUGGUAGAUAAAAUCGUGAAACAUUCCUGUCUGUCGGAAUCAGAGUGGCUGUGUUCACGGUUUUUGCAAACGCUGCGCAAGAGUCUGUGGCAACAGUGUUACCUGUUCCCGGAUGUUUGCCUGCAGCACAGCUUGACAUCGAAGCGUGGCCGUCAGGGACUGCUGCACGAGGUGGAGACCUCAGCUCGGGAGGCCGUGGCUUCUAGGAAAGGGGAAAGUUGGAAGGCUGAGACAGAUAAAAUCAAAGACAAAAUUAGAGAGAGAGAUAAAGAAAAAGAGAGAGAAAAAAAGAAGCAUAAAGUAAUGAAUGAGAUCAAGAAAGAAAAUGGAGAAGUAAAGAUUUUGCUGAAAAGUGGGAAGGAGAAACCAAAAACAAAUGUAGAAGACUUACAAAUUAAAAAGGUAAAGAAGAAAAAGAAAAAGAAACACAAAGAGAAUGAAAAACGGAAGCGUCCAAAAAUGUACAGCAAAUCUAUUCAAACCAUUUGCUCAGGAUUGCUCUCCGAUGUUGAAGGUCAAGAAGCCAAAGGCAUCCUAAGUGAUAACAUAAAGGAUUACAGUGGAAAGAAUUGGGACACCAAGAACUAUGAUUCCAAGAUUCCAGAGAACAGUGAGUUUCCCUUUGUCUCAUUAAAGGAGCCACGGGUUCAGAACAACCUGAGAAGGUUGGACACUCUGGAGUUCAAGCAGCUCAUUCACAUUGAGCACCAGCCCAACGGGGGCGCGUCUGUUAUCCACGCCUACAGUGGCGAGCUCUCCCACCUGUCUCCUGUGGAGAUGGAGAGGUUCGCGGAAGAGUUUGUGGGUCUGGUGUUCAGUGAAAAUGAAAACUCUGCAGCUUUCUAUGUAAUGGGUAUUGUUCAUGGGGCAGCUACUUACUUACCUGACUUUUUAGACUACUUUUCAUUUAAUUUUCCCAAUUCGCCAGUGAAAAUGGAGAUAUUGGGAAAGAAGGAUAUAGAGACAACGACUAUGUCCAAUUUUCAUGCUCAGGUAAAAAGAACGUAUUCUCACGGUACUUACAGAGCUGGCCCAAUGCGACAGAUCAGCUUGGUGGGAGCAGUUGAUGAAGAAGUGGGAGAUUACUUCCCUGAGUUCCUUGACAUGUUGGAAGAUUCACCAUUUUUAAAAUGUACACUGCCAUGGGGGACACUAUCUAGUCUAAAAUUAGAGAGUCGAAAAGAUAGUGAUGAUGGUCCCAUCAUGUGGGUACGCCCAGGAGAACAAAUGAUCCCUGUGGCUGAUAUGCCAAAGUCACCUUUCAAAAGGAAAAGGACUACCAAUGAAAUAAAAAACUUGCAGUACCUACCUCGAACUAGUGAGCCCCGUGAGAUGCUCUUUGAAGACAGGACAAGAGCCCAUGCAGAUCACAUAGGACAAGGUUUUGAACGACAGACUACAGCUGCUGUUGGAGUGUUGAAGGCUGUGCACUGUGGAGAGUGGCCUGAUCAACCCCGAAUAACCAAAGAUGUGAUUUGUUUUCAUGCUGAAGAUUUCUUAGAAGUAGUUCAACGAAUGCAGUUAGAUUUACAUGAACCUCCACUGUCUCAGUGUGUCCAGUGGGUUGAUGAUGCAAAACUUAAUCAACUGAGGAGGGAAGGCAUUCGCUAUGCCAGGAUUCAGCUGUAUGAUAAUGACAUUUAUUUUAUCCCAAGAAAUGUUGUUCAUCAAUUCAAGACAGUUUCAGCUGUGUGCAGUUUAGCAUGGCACGUUCGGCUCAAGCUGUAUCACUCAGAGGAGGACCCUGCUCAGAAUACAGCGACUCAUGAAACAGGCACAUCACCAGGUUCCACAUCAUCAGUUCUUGGACCUCACGCUGACAAUGUGAUUUGUGCUGUAAGCAGAACCUCCUUGGAUUCUGUUUUUUCAGACAAACUUCAUUCUAAAUAUGGAUUACAGCAGAUUAAACAUGAACCUCUUGCAUCUGUAAGAAUCAAGGAAGAACCUGUGAAUGUGUAUAUUCCUGAAAAGACUAGAGCACCGAGUAACAUGGAUGGCAGGAAUGUUAAAGCAAAAUUGGAUCAUGUUCAAUUUACAGAAUUGAAGAUUGACGUGGACUCUCAAUUUGAAAAUAGCAACAAAGAUUUGCAGGAAGGCUUGUGCCCAGGAAGCCUCCUAAGUCUGGUUGAUGCCAGGCAGCACAGCUCCGCACGCUCAGAGCAGGAGAGGAAAGAGGACGAUGUUUUGUGCUAAGUUUGUACAUACCAUUUACAAUUCUUUUUUUUUUUAAACUUAAUAAUGUAAUAAAGAUUCAUGAAUUCUGAAAGCAAGCCAAGGACUUGCUCCUAAGUCUGUUACGAAAUCUAGUUCCUGUAGCUUUGUAACAUUCCUCAGUGCCUGUCCAUAACUGUGAAGCAUCGAAGCACGUAGGGCCAGACGCACUGUAAACCUGCAGGCUUAAGCAGAAGGAGGCUUUGAAACAUCAUUUGAUGGAGUUGUAGGUUUUAGAAUAGAGCUGACAUUAACAUAUAUAUAUAUUUUUUGUAAUAUGAGCCAGAAUUCUUUUUCGACAAUUUAAGGCUUUUCCAUAGAGCUUAUUUAUACCGAUUUUUUUUUUUCAUUUUAAAUGUGUCAGCACUGUAGUGUAAAUAGCUUUUAAAAAAUCUUUUUAGUGUGAUUUAUACUGAAAUGUGAGCCACUUAAUAAAGGUUCAUAGUAAUAAAUAUGUUUUCUGUUGGGUCUGCAAAAAGACAAACUGACAAUUCAGUUAAAUCAUUUAUUUGAUCUAUUAUGUUUCUGCUGGUAUAUCCAUUUCAAGUGGUAAUGGAGUGCAAAUGUCUGUGUUCAAAUCUAGUGAAUAUUUAAAUUCCCCACACUGUGCAAGCAUUUUGUAAAACCAAGAUUCAGUUAUGAAAACAUAUUUAUAUAUGUGUGUAUGUAUGGGAGUAUAUAUAUAUGUAUAUCAUAUUUUGCAUAACUUCUUAAAUUGCUGAAUAAGAUGAGUAUGUGAAACUUUCUAGCCCUACUCCCUGGAAAACAUUUUAAAAUAUUUAUAUUCAACAUUAAGAAAGCAGUUUAGGUAAGAGAAACAAUUUUAUAAAGUUGGGAGAAACAAGGUCUGUUAGUGCUAUCUAUUCCUUCUAACUAAUCAAGUUGUGUGGCCAGAUUACAUAGCCCUAACAAAUUUUCUUUGUAAUGUAUGGAGUAAGAAGUGGAGGAGAUUUUCUUACUGUAAAGCACCUAUACUAUACUUAGUACUAGCUGAGUAAAUAUCUUUAGUUACAGAAAGUUUAAUUGUGAGCAGUUAUAAUCCUCUUUUACAAUUUUCUUGUGGAACAGGAGGAAAAUAUGGCAAAUACAAAAUCUUAAAAUAAGGGCAAUGACUCAGCUGCCAUAUACAGAGAGAUAACUAACACAAUAAGGUGUGUUACCUCGUCUUUCUAAGGAUCCCUCUCUCUGCCCUGGCAAGGUAAACAACUUAGAGCCCUUCUUCAAAAGAAGCUCUAGAGGGGAAAUCGGAGGAGGAAACAGGAUUGCCGGUGCCUCGCUGAAGACGAUUCAGACACAUCUCUGCAAUGAUGGACUGCUUCCACUGCUGUCAUUAAAAGUCAAACAGAUGUCUUUAAUGAAAGCUUUGAUGUGAGGAACUCUGCUCAUUGCAAAUCUAUUUUAUUUGUUUUUGGUAUUUUUCUGGGCUAAUAUUUUGGUUGAUGACUUUCAGCAGGGGUUCUUUGUGCUACCUUUUAGGCUGGUGUUGCUAUUCCCAUUUCAUUGGUUUCUGACCCAGCCUCAUUUAUGGUACCCAUAAAACUGUUUAUCUUUCUGGUUAGGGAGAAGCCACUUAGAAAGAGGCAUUUCAUCAGAAAAAGUAAACUGCAGCAGUGAUGUCAUUUCUGGACCCCGGUUUAAAAGGACAGUUAAAUAUUGUAGGAAAUUUCGAUGGUUUGUAGGAAAUCAAUAUAUGUAUUUGCAACAUAGGAAUUUUCAUGGGAUGAGGAAGAUAUAAAUCAUGAUAAUGUAAAUAGGGAUUUUGUUUUAUAUGUUACAGUUUUAUCCUGUCUCUCACCACUUUAGUCUUCUCUUUUAAGCUAAAUUUAUAUAUUUGCACCUACCUUUUUGGGAGAUGAAAGUUCAUAACAAACCAGUAUUGAGAAAUAGGAGGGGAUGUGGUUAAAAUGUUCUGUUUUUCUUUUUUUAGUUGAAGGGUGAAGUAUUUAACAAGGUUUGUUUUAGUUCCAGUUUUCCAGUAGCAUACACGUAGAUGCAUGAGAUCAUAUUGUAAAUGUCUUUAGGGUAUCCCUUCAAAAUAUAUGAGCCUUAAACUUUUAACUUAAAGACCUAUCUAAAACAACCAUGGUGGUUGCUUUUAGGUAUCGUUUACUAUAUAACCUAUAGUCAGACUUCUCCAUAUUUUGAAAAUUUGACUGUUUUGUAAAAUGCAUCCAUCUCCAUGCAGGUGAAAUAUAAAUCAGUGGGCUCCAAUUUCAAGAUACAGCCUUGUCACCUUGAAUAAUGCAUAUGUUGUCUUACGGGUUAUCAUUUUAAAAUCUUCAGAUGCAAUCUGAGAACUUGCUGACUACCUUUGUUACACACGAAUAAUUUCUAUUUCAAUAUUGCAUUAUAUUAAUGGUUUCCUAGUAGUGCAUUCCAGUUCUUUAUCUGAACACGGUUUUUGCUGUUAUUUCCAAUUUAUUGGACCAGAACAAUAAAGCACUUAAUAUAUAGUUUCUGUAUGAUCUUAUAGACUAAACAGUUCUUAUGUAAAUUAUUAAAUUGAUACACAGACCUUUACAGAAAAACUAAGGUACCUCGGUGGUGUCUGCUAUAGUGCUUUUUUUUUUUUUUUUAGUUACUUUUCUUCAUACCCGUUUUGCUAUCUAAGUAAUAUAUAUUCCAUACUCAGGUUAGCUGGUAGCUAGCAAAGGAAUUAAGCAUUUGUGAUAUUUAGUUGAAAAUUUUACUAAAGCCAUAUUCAUUAUCUUCCUUGUCACUAAGGCUGUUGACCUUAAAUAAAGAUUAGGUUGAUCUAGUACAACACUCCGUGUGUGUGUGUGUGUGUGUGUGUGCGCGUGCGCAUGUGUGUACGAUUAUUGGAAAUAUGUUUAUUUCCGUAUAUAUUCAUUUUUAAUCCAUUCUGUGACUUUUGGGGGGGUCAUGGAGGGUAGGAAAGAUUUUAUUUCUUGAGUUAGGGUUCAAGGGAUUUCAUUAGUGUUCCUGACUGUAAAAGAGUUUUUUCCCAAAUGCAUACGGCAGGUAAGAUCAUUUUUGUAAAUAAUAGAUUAGCACUGUUUUGGUAAAUUUGCAUUCAGUUAUUUUUUGGACAGGUUCAUUGUCAUGUAAAGCAAAUAUCUCAAAAUUCAUUUUAACAUUUAGCAAAGGUGCAAGAUUUGUUUUUGGAGUUUGAGAGGCAUUUUCCUUGUCUUCCACCUUUCAAUAAAUACUAAAGUUGAUAACCAUAA